UCCACGGCUACGGCGCACGCACGCUCUCGUACCCCGCCCGGCCGGGGCCGUCACCUGCUACGUGAUCCGGCCGGUUGGAUACGCUCGCGUGCACGGGCAGCACGGCGCCCGCACACGCGACCCGGCGGCCCCCGCCCCUUUCUUAUGCGUCUCCUUCCAAACCCGGGGGGCGCUGAGGCUCCGGCUCCCACACCGCGGAUCACGCCGCUGCCAAACCGCUUCACACCCCAAGUUUUCCCAGCCGUUUGACUCCCGCGCGCCGAGAGCGAGAGAGGUUCCAGGCUCGUAGCCGUUUCCUCCUCCUACACGUCAGUCGGUGGAACGGCAGCGCCCGGGUUCUCGGCCUGCACCCUUUCCCUUCCUUUCGCUGCGGCUGGCGUGGCGUGGCGUGGCGUUGCGCGCGGUGCGGGCGGCGUGGGGAUGGGCUGCAAGGGGUCCAAGCACGCGCUGCACGGGGGGUGCGGGCCGCCGCCGGAGCGGCGGAGGAGCUCGGGCCGCUUGGCGUCGUCGCGGCGGCACUCCGUCGCGCUGCGGUCGGCCGCGUCGCUCGGGACGCUCAGCCUCGACCGCGCCGCGGCGGCGGCUGCCGCGGCCGUGGGCGUGUCUUUUGAUGACGACGCCUUCCGGGGCGAGGGAGACGAGGGGAUGAUGAAGGCCGGCAACGACGUCGUCGACGGCGCCGCGGGGAAGCUGCUCGGGCCGCCGCGGCCAGUGGCCGUGCCGCUGCCGAAGCGGCAGAAGAGGGUGGUGGCGGCGCCGCCGCCGCCGAGGGUGGCGCCGCGGACGCCCACUAAGACGCCGGUGCGCGGGCCGCCCGAGGAGAUCAACGUGUGGGAGCUCAUGAAGGGGCUCGACGACGAGGAGGAGGGGGAGGGCGACGAUAGUGAUCAAGAGGAGGAAGACGACGACGGCCGCGGUCACUGUGUGGAGCGGAAGGCGCAGUCGGCGCCCGGGUCGCCGGUGUUCGAUCCGGAAAUACUGGACGCGUUCCGGAAGGCGCUCGACGAGCUGACGCCCGACUCGCCUCUCCCUGAUUUCGUCAAACGCGGCGGAGACGGCUUCGAGAAGCGCGAGAUUCAGAUGUUCCCGGGCAUCGUGCGCGCGCGGGUCAGCCUGCUCCAGGAAAAGAUCAACGCCAAGACGAAGCUAGCCAAGAAGGCCUCGCCGCCGCCGGAGAGCGCGGGGCGGGUCGUGGUGUACCUCACCAGCCUCCGUGGGAUCCGGCAGACGUACGAGGACUGCUGGUCCACGAGCGCGAUCCUGCGCAGCUACGGCGUGCGCGUCGACGAGCGCGACCUGUCGAUGCACGCCGGGUUCAAGGACGAGCUCCGCGCCGCGCUCGGCGGAGACGGCGACGGCGAAGGCCGCCGGCCGCAGCCGCUCCCGCAGGUGUUCGUGGACGGGCGGCAUCUGGGCGGCGCCGAGGAGGUCCGCCGCCUGCACGAGGGCGGGGAGCUGGCGGCGGCCCUCGAGACCUGCGACGCGGCGCCUCUCGCCAAGGGAGGCGCUGCGUUGCAGACCUGCAACAGCUGCGGCGGGGUGCGGUUCGUGCCGUGCGACGUGUGCUCCGGCAGCUGCAAGGUGUUCGUGGAGGACGGCGCCGUCGCCGGCGCGUUCAGGCGGUGCCCGGAGUGCAACGAGAACGGGCUAGUGAGAUGCUCCGUUUGCUAGCGACGUUGUGCAAAAAAAAUUCUUUUUUUUUUGUCGAGCUUGUGUGGAAUUUUGACGAGCCCAAUUGUUCAAUGUGUUGUUCCGGAUA